GCGUUCCACGGAUUAAACGGCAGUGGCGACUCGGAUUUGCUGUGCGUCUCAUCACGAGGUUUGCUCCUGCUCUGUGGUCUGAACCCCGUGCAAUACUGACAGUGUAAGGGCUGUCUUUGUGAACUGAGUAAGCGAUGUAAAUCGUGUUGUUUGGGAAUGCAGAACAACACCGUUUUUCGGAUGCACGGGUAAACAAGGCUGUGACGGUCCUGUUGCAGUAUCACCAAGGUCCAGUGUCAUUCGAGGAGACAAUGCUUGGCUGGUUUAACGUCCAUUCUUCCCACCGAUCUGAGCCCCAUAUAGAUAUUCAAAAGUUUACGGCGAAUGAGAAUGGGCCCCCAGCGAUGCUAGGGCUACCAUGGGCAGCGUCAUGGUGCGCUAUUUCUGCUAUGGGUGUCUGUUCACUUCCAUGACCUGGACACUUCUGCUCUUCAUUUACUUCAACCUUAACCAGGAAAGCCAGCCCUUGAAGAAUGUGCCCGUCAAGGGGGGCCAGUCCUUCAAGUACUUCCCCAGGAAAUUUCAGCCCCACUUCACACGGAGGCCCAGCUGGCUGCAGGGUCCCAACCAACACUGGGGCAAGGAGGAGGGCCGCAAGAAAGCAGGAGAGCUCUCUCCAGAAAUGGGAAUGAUUUUCAAUGAAGUGGACCAGGAGGUGAGAGACGUGGGCUACCACAAACAUGCUUUUAAUGUACUCAUCAGUAACCGGCUGGGCUAUCACAGGGAGCUGCCUGACACCAGGAACACAAAAUGUAAAGGAAAGCUCUACCCUGUGGAUCUCCCGAGUGCCAGUGUUGUGAUUUGUUUCUUCAACGAAGCGUUCUCAGCCCUGCUGCGCACGCUGCACAGUGUUUUAGAUCGAACCCCGUCCCACUUGCUGCACGAAGUCAUACUGGUGGACGACAACAGCGAAUUUACUGACCUGAAGGAGGAGCUAGACGCAUAUAUCAAGAAGAACCUUCCUGGCAAAGUGAAGCUGGUGCGCAAUGCAAAACGAGAAGGGCUAAUUAGAGGCAGGAUGAUUGGAGCAUCUCAAGCAACUGGGGAGGUCCUGGUUUUCUUGGACAGUCACUGUGAGGUGAAUGAGAUGUGGCUGCAGCCUCUACUGACCCCCAUAAAGGAGGACCGCCGGGCGGUGGUGUGCCCUGUAAUUGACAUCAUCAGUGCAGACACCCUCAGCUACAGCUCCUCCCCCAUCGUGCGGGGGGGCUUCAACUGGGGCCUGCACUUUAAAUGGGAUCCUGUGCCUCUCUCUGAGCUGAACGGCCCCGAGGGGGCCACCGUACCAAUCCGGGCUCCCACAAUGGCAGGAGGCUUGUUUGCGAUGGACAGGAAGUAUUUUAAUGAGCUGGGGCAGUAUGACAGCGGCAUGGACAUCUGGGGAGGAGAGAACUUGGAGAUCUCCUUCAGAAUCUGGAUGUGCGGCGGCAGGUUGUUAAUAAUCCCCUGCUCCAGAGUUGGCCACAUUUUCCGCAAGCGCCGACCAUACGGGUCACCUGGAGGUCAGGACACCAUGGCGCAUAACUCUCUACGCCUGGCUCACGUGUGGAUGGAUGAAUACAAGGAGCAGUACUUUGCAUUGAGACCAGAGCUGAGAAGCCGUAACUAUGGAGAUAUCAGCGAGCGACUGGCUGUGAGAAAACGACUCCACUGCAACUCGUUUAAGUGGUACCUGGACCACAUCUACCCAGAGAUGCAGGUGUCAGCUCCCAACGCCAAAGCACAGCACCCUGUGUUUGUGAACAAGGGACUGAGGCGACCCAAAGUCCUGCAGCGAGGAAGACUCCGUAACCUUCUGACGAGCACAUGCCUGGUUGCCCAGGGCCGUCCCAGCGAGAAGGCAGGGAUUGUGGUGGUGAGAGACUGCGACUCUGAAGAUCCGGAGCAGGCAUGGGCUUACGAUGAGGAACAGGAGCUGAUCCUGGCCGGGCUGCUGUGUCUGGAUAUGUCAGAGACGCGCUCCUCCGACCCUCCUCGCCUCAUGAAGUGCCACGGCUCCGGGGGCUCGCAGCAGUGGACAUUCGGGAGGAGUAACCGCCUGUACCAAGUGUCUGUUGGCCAGUGUUUGAUGGUUGUUGACCCACUUAGCCAUAAAGGGUACGUUGCCAUGGGGAUAUGUGACGGUUCUAAGGCCCAGCAAUGGCAGCUUGAAGACUGACACUGCCAGGAAAGGGAGGGGCCUACAUCAUUUAUAAACCCUUACUGGAAUUGAGACAUGCUCAGCUGAGACCCGAGGCUCCUUGAUAGCUGUCUGCUGAUGGAAGAAAGCCAAGUUGGACUUGUUCCUGGAUAAGCCAGUCACACAAUGGCUUUAUCAGAAGACUGGAGCACAUAAUCGACACAACAGUAUUGUUGAACUGUUUAUAGAACUAGGGAGAAUUUUAGGAGAAACAUACAAGGAUAUGCUAAUUUAAAUAGUCUUAGUUCAAGUUAUUUUGUCAUUUUGGUUAUUUUCUUUUAAAAAUUAAAAUAUAACAUUUUAAAUGGGGGGACGGACGACUACUAUUAUAAACACUGCUAUGUACGAUUUUAAUUUCUUAAAUAAAGAAACCCAAGCUUUUUUGUUUUAUAUAUACAAAUUAUACUGUUGAACCCUAACAGAAUGGCAAUUCCUUUGUCUGUAUUGCAAGCAAAAUAAGUAUUGUUGGGAUCGGGACUAUUUACAAGUGUUGUUCUCAAACCAGGAAAGCUAGCACAACUAAUUUACCGAAUCAUUGAAUACAACUAAUAUGGAAUCACAAACUGCAUAUUGUUUGAUUAGGUAAUUUAAAAUGUGUACAGGCACUUACACUGAUGCAUCACAUUAAUGUAUUAUGAGUAAGUAAAAAUGGAACAUAAUGUACUGCUUGGAUAUCUAUAAUAAAAAAAAUACAUGUUUUUAAUUUA